AUCUACUGCUUUGAGCAGAAGAUCCUUCAGCAGUCAUCUCCUCAGCAGUAAAAAGCAGAAGAUGAACAGAGCGACCACCGUAACCAUCCUCAUCUUCCUUCUCUGUGCCUUUUCUACACAGGGUAUUCCAAUCCUGGGAACACAAGGACGGUGCAAGUGCAUUAGGACUACCUCUGCUGUUAUUCAUCCAAAGCUCAUAAAGAGCUUGAGAUAUAUUCCCAGUGGAGCACACUGCGAAGCAACAGAGAUAAUCAUCACUCUGAAAAAUAGGAAGAAAGUGUGCAUUGAUCCUGGCGCAAAAUGGUUGCGCGUUCUCAUAGCAGCCAGUGAAGGUGCCAGACACAGCAACUAAUAAAAAAUGUGGAACUGUAAUGUUGAAGAUCUAAAUCGCUCAGGAAUUCCAGCAUGAACAUAAUCUCUUGUACAUUCAGAUUCCAUUUAUUUCAUUGUCUGAAGAGCAAUGAAGGAAGCUCAGCCCUGGCUAUCAUCUCUCUGAUAUCAAUGUUCAUUCCAAUGUCUCCUCCUCAUUACGUACUGUGAAUAAUUUAACUCUUUAGCAUGACUCAGGACAUUUACUUCUGUCACUAUAUUUGGUUACUUCUGAGCAAACCAUUUGAUAUAUGUUGCUAAACUUUGUGCCAAGUUGGAGAUUCCAUUUGAUUGUUGUGGUAAUGGAAGUAGAUUCUGGUACUUUUGAGUGUUACCCUGAUACCAUCAUAUGACCCUCUGCAAUUGAAUUCAACUGAUUUGUGCAAAUGGUUUCUAAUAAACAAACUGGACACAGUAUUCAAGUAGAUUUUUGAACCUAUGGAAAAGGCUAAAUCAAAUGAGUGCUAGUUGUUGAAGGUGAUUAUAGAAUAAUGCAGUAAUUAAUUUCCUGAAAUAUCCAUUUUGAAUCCUUGGGAUUAAAUGGAGGAAUAGUGCAGAGAUGCCUCUACUAGCCCUAUAACUAGGGCUGGAGGAUACAUCACACCUGUCCACCCCAAGCCCCUAUUCCCAGGCCUCCAAACCUGGUAUGAGAAAGAAGCCUGGUCACUGUCUUGAAAACAAUUUGGUAUCACUCAUUGUCUGCUUAUGUUAAUACCAGAACUGAGAGGCUGAAAUAUAUACACAGAAGAAUUAUGCCAAGUUAUUCCAAUAAAAUGAUCUGGUAGAAUGGUAAAGAUGUAAACUGUUAACUAGAACACUUCCCUCUUUUUUUUCUUGAAGAUAUAGUGUGAUGUUAUAUUUUCUUAAAAGCACUGAUGAAGGACAUUUUGCACAGUUCCCUUUCUGCUUUGAAAUCAGUUCAUAGCAUGCGAUUAACAGAUGACAUUACUGUAAGAAAGCAACUUUUUUCCAGUCUGAGUGAAAACAUAUUUAUUUAAGUGGACAAACAAGUACUGUUGGUACCAUGUCACAGUAACAUUUCUGACCACUGAUAUUUUAACUGGGGAUGUGGGAUUUUCUCGGUGAAAAAAAUCCAUUCAAAGUCUGUGGAAACUAAUUUUUUAUGUACUUUUUUUGGUGUAAAGUUUGUCUAUUUUGAAAGGCAAAGCUACUAUGAAUUUAAUAGUCACUGUACUCACUGGCAGAAUUGAAUUUCUAAAUGGGAAUAAUCUCUGUUCAGUUAUAAAUAGAAAUAUUUGGCAUUGAUAUUUCACUUUCUGGGUUCAGUUGACCAAUCAUUGUAUGCCUUUAUGAAAAACUUCUGUUAAAUAUAAAACUCAAUAUUAAUGAACUCAAUCAAUAGAUGUGAAUUAACUUGUUUGGCAUUCCCCAGAUAUAUU